AUGACUCUUGAAUUGGAGAUAACCAAAUUAGAGCAAGGGCUGCAUGAUUUAUUCAAAUAUGCUUUCAUAACUAAUUGUGAGCUUGAUGAUGAAGCUAUAACAUCAGAAGAAGAAAAGACACUUGAAGAGCUAGACCCACUCGAAGUCCUUGAGAACUUAAAAGAUGUUGUAUUGAGUCUUCUAAAAUUCAAGAAGACCCACAAAAAUUCAGAAUCUUCUGAAUUGAUGAGCCGCAGUGAACAGUUUGAGAAAAUGUUACAAAAGUUAGAAGGGGAUAUAAGAAAAUCAUAUGCCCUUUAUCUGUAUUAUUUCCUCCAUAUUUUACCUAUUUGUCUUCUGAGAUUACACAUCUAAAACGUCAUAUAAAAAUCGAGCACCAGCUCAAACUUCAUAUAGAAGCUACUCAAGCCAAGAUCGAAGAACUUGAAGCAAAUAUAGAAAAAUCGAAUUCCGUCAUCAAAAAGCUUGAAAAAAAGCAAGAAAAAAACAUGCAUGAUGUGUACAAUAAAAGCAUAGACAAGUCCUUUAAAACCGAUACAAGAAAAAAGGAUAACGAUACCAGGCUGAGCAUAGAUAAAGACGAAAACUGAGAAGAAAUGUUCCAUAAACUGGAAAAAGAAUUUGCUAAAAUGAAAGGAAUGCUGGAGGAAAAACAAAAAGAAUGUGAUAUAUAUAAGAAAGAAAGUGCAAAAAGCCAAGAAAAAAGUCAAGGGAGAGUGAAAAGAAAUGAAGAUAUUCAUGAUAUUGAAGUUCUAACUCCCUCCUCUGUGGGCGAACAAAACCAUUGGAAAAAUCAAUAUCUUUGCUCAAAAACCCACCUCUGUUGUGAGCGAACAAAACAUUUUUUUAAUAUAAAAAUUUGAUAUACAAAUGAUAAUUAGUAUAAUGAAAUCUCUAGCUUUAGACAGCUUGCAUUUUAAAAUAAAAAUUUUGCAAAUUAAAUUAAUUUUUGUUUUCCGAUUUUUGCGAUUUUAAAUUUCGAAAAAAAGUAUCCCCUUUUCAUGAGCGAAGAAAAUGUUUGUUCUCUCAUGAAGGGGGGAGUAAGGAAAAGGCUAAUUGAGAAAGGAAGUGAAUUGACGAAGCUGCAGCAGAAAUUAAAGGAUAAAUCGUAUAGCAAACUGCUAUUUAUGAGAGAAAGAGCAAGCAGAAAUGCGAGAAGGUCUUUGGGAGAAGUGGACAUGAUUAAAAGCUACUCUCCAAAUUUGAUCAGAAAAGAAACAGUAACGGUAGACCCAUCCUAUAAAAGAGAUGACAUUAAAAUGAACGUUUUGAAGAAAGCAAGAAGCUCUUCUAGAGGCCACAGUCGAAGUUUUUCCGAGCAAAAUAGACCUAAGCCAAUUAAAAGAGCGCCAUCACGUUAA